AUGCCUACCCCUGUCCUUAAAAUUGCGUUCACAUAUGACUCUCGAGAGGAAUGGCUAGCGCUAGGAUAUUCUGCUGAACAAUGUGCGGAGUUCGAUUUCGACGAAACGAUUCAGCGAAUCGCAGCGUCCUUGCGAAAACUUGGGACAGUUGAAAUGAUUGGUGGUCUGAAAGCCCUGACAAAAGUGCUUGUUAAAUCGAAGCCAGACUGGGACAUCGUAUUCAACAUCUGUGAAGGAUUCGGGGGCGUAGGACGAGAGGCUCAGGUGCCAGCAUUGCUGGAGGCCUGGGGUAUUCCAUUCACAUUCUCGGAUUCGGCGACGCUUGGGUUGUGUCUUGACAAGGCAAAAACAAAGAUGGUCUUGGAGCAUUACGGCGUACCUUCCGCACCAUAUGCGUGUGUGCCGCCCAGGAACGCAUGGUCCAAAGCCGCCGAGAUGUCUGUUGAAUCCGUGAUCCAAAGCUCGCCGCACAGUCAGGCAUUAAAAACAUUUCCUUUAUUCGCUAAACCGAGUGCAGAGGGCAGCGGGGUUGGCAUUCAACAAGCGAACAAGGUCACUGAUUAUGAGCAACUCGCAAAAGUAGUCGAGGACCUGUCACUGCGGUAUCCGACACAGACUAUACUCAUUGAACGCUUCCUGAGCGGCCGUGAGUUCACGGUAGGCAUCCUUGGGACAGGUUCCAACGCUCGAGCCAUUGGCGUACGUGAGAUAGUAUUCUUGAAAGACAACCCGAAUUGCCCCAUUGACCCGGCCACUAUUGUCGACAACCAAGACCCAGAACUACUUGAAUUGGAGGUAUACAGCAAUAGCGUGAAGCGUGCAGGAGCGGGGGCCAACCCACAACAUGUUAACAUGGACCUUUCAAGCAAUCCCGUAGCUCAACGGGCGGCUGAAGUUGCUGUCAAGGCUUGGAAAGUGCUCGGAUGCAGAGACGGAGGGAGGGUGGACAUCCGCUAUGAUUCAAAAGAUGCUAACGCUGUUCCCAACUGCAUUGAGGUCAACCCCCUCGCAGGAUUGCGACCUGGGUACUCUGACUUUCCUCUGCUUGCCGAAAGUAUCGGCAUUGAUUAUGACCAGUUGAUUUCCACCAUCGUGCAUAGUGCGUUGGAAAGAAGCAGACUGACCGCAAAUUAG